AUGGAUGAUCACGACCUUCAUAGCGGUAGUAGCGAUUACAUGGUAGAUGAGCAUAGUUCUAUGGAGGGCCAAGAUGAGUAUGAAUACCCAGAUGGGAGCCCGAGUGAUAGAGGGCACGAUACAUCCAGUGAUAGAUAUCACGAUGGGGACGAGGAGGAUCAAGAUGUUUUCAUUGACUACGAUGCAGUAGAGCAAGAGGAUGAAGAUCAUCACGAUGAUGAUGCAGAUGACGAGGGCGAUCAUAGUGGGCGCCCCGAUGCGAGAUCAUUUACAAUGCAAGACAUUUUAGGGAAUUUGGUACAAGGUAUGGAAGGUCGUCCACAGGUUGGUGGUGAAAGAUCUUCCUCAGGGCCAUUCUCCCGUGGUAGUGGUCCUAUGAACUUGGCAGACGUUUUCCCUGAAAUUUUAUCACUCUUAAACGAUGGUGGUCAUAGAGGAGGUAGCGGCCUUGGUGGUGGAGGUAGAAACAAUAGGAUUUCCAAAUUGGUCAAAAAUGUAUUGAAUGCAGAUGAAGACCCUUAUUUUGCCAUGGAAAGUCUCAGAGAAUUGUCUGAACAUCUAUUAAUGAUGAACCAAGUCGUCGUGGACAGAGUUUUCCCUGUAGAAAAAUUACUUAGAGGGAUCUUAAAUAUUUUAUCCAAUCCAAUGUUAAAGGGUGAAUUAGAAUUACAAUUGGUAUCAUGUCGUUGCCUUUACAACCUGUUUGAAGUUAAUCCUGAAAGCAUAUCGAUGGCUGUUGAUGAAAAUUUAGUUCCCAUUUUACAAGAAAUGUUACAAGACAUCAGUUACAUUGACCUAGCCGAACAAAUAUUAGAGACUCUGGAACUGGUAUCCAGAUUACGUGGUAGAGAAGUGCUGCAAUCAGGAACACUAGCUUCAUGCUUGCAAUACCUGGAUUUCUUUACGAUUCAUGCUCAACGUAAAGCGGUGUCAAUUGUUGCUAAUUCGUGUACAAAGGUACGAAUGGAUUCUUUUGAAACAAUACAGACACUUUUCGUACUUUUGAAACCGAUAUUCGCGAAUGCAUCCGAUCAGCCAAUUAUCUCCAAGCUCUUGAAUGCCUUAUACGGCGUAUGCGGUGGAUUACGUGAUUCUAACAUGCUAGAAUCAUUGUUCACUUUUGAAGUUGUGGAACGUUUACUGAAACUAGUUUCAGCUGCGGAUUCUCAAUUGGAAGAUAGGCUCAAGUGUCUGGAUAUUCUAUCAGUAUUAGUCAAUUUGAGCAGUGAAAUUUCUAGAGAGCUCUUGGAAUCCUGUGAUAUUAUCGGUACGUUGGAAGAAUGCUUUGCAUGCUACAGUAAAAAUCCUAAUGCAUCGUUACACGAGACUCUAAUGUUCGUGCCAAAACCUUUACUUCAUGCUAUUGCUCGUACCGUGGCUCUAUUACUCCCAACAGAAAAUGAACAAUUGUUAUCUGUCGACUCCCCUAAACAAGUUUCUCUAACAGAUGAUAAUGAGAGGGUCAACAAGACUCUAACGAACCUUACGCCGCUUCUAAUAGAAAUCUUUAUCAAUACCGUGGAUUUUGACGUUCGUCGUUGUGUACUCAUUGCCUUGGCAAGAAUUGUUUCAUUCCUCAAAAGUCCAUUAACGGGCGAAGUCGAUAGACAUAUCAUUCACCUUGUAGGGACGACUCUGGCUCAAAAUGAAACUAAUUUGGAACAAGGAAAGAGUCAGGCUAUCGUAUCUGGUGGUCUUGUAAUAGGUGUACUUUCCUUGCUUGACAUUAUAACCGCACGUUUUGCAUCUGACUUUUUACCAGGUAUUAGAAGAGAGGGUAUUGUAGAUUUGGUGGAUAAGUUAUACGAAUUCCUCAAACAAAAGGGGCAGGAUGACAAAUUCACUAUCGAUGAAGAUGUUACUGCAAUUGAAACCAGUGGUGCGGCUAGUGGUGGUACUGGUGGAGAACUUUCAGAUGAUGAAGAAAUGGCAGAAGAUGACGAAGACAACGAAUACGAUAUACAAUUCGGAGCAAUCGAUAUCCCUGAACAAGUUAAACCUAAGAAGAUAAAGUUUGAAGUAUUGAAACCGUUGAAUUAUAAUUACAUUCGCAUUAAAACAUAUGAAUUAAGCAAACAUUUGAGUGAAUUAUUCUCUGAAAACGAAGGAACGGUUGUCGAAGAGUUGAAAGAGAUAGAAAAAUUGGUCACGGAUUUGCGUGAACUGGAUGCACAGGGGUUCACAGAACAAGAUUGGUUCCAACUUUGGAACAGAGUUAAAAGCAGCAUAUUUAAUGGUAAUUUUGAAAUUUCAAGUUUUGAAUUAAUUUCAAGUGGAUUAGCAUCAGUGCUAUCACAAUUGAUAGAGCGAUAUGGUGUUUUAAGUUUUGAACCAGAGAGAACUUUUGUACAGGUAUUUGGCGAACAAUUACCUAAUUUUGUUAACAUCUUGCAAUCAGCAUUAACGAGAUUAGAAUCGUUCCAUAUCGUGGAAUGUGGAUUACAAGGCUCUGAAGGUAGAGUGGCGUCAUUGGGAAGACAGAUGAAAAUCAAACUAGUUUACAACGGGGACGCCCAGGAAGAUAACAUUGCCCCCCAUUUAACUACUAUUACGCUUUCAAUCCAUUGUAUUGCAUCACUCAAAACUUUGAGUGAAUUUCUAAGACACAGAAUUGGCCAAACCAGAUUUUUGAAUUCGUUACUACCAGGUCUUACAAGGUCCUCCAGUGCAGGUCAGGAUGAUAUGGAAGAUUUAAAAAAUUGGCAAUUUGAAUUCUCCAUUAAUGACAACCAGUUGAACCCUAGUGAUACCAUUUUUGGUGCUCUUUUCAAAUCUAUGAAACGGAGUGAUAAAGAUCCUGCUGACGUUUGGAGAGAUGCACAAGUGAUUAAGUUCAAGAGGGUCAAAGAUUCAUCGGCUAAUCAUGAACUGGGACUCGCUAACGUGUACGCACAGCGCAGUUUCCACAAAGAUGAUGCAUUAAGGCCUGCAGAGGAUAUAUUAAAUCUAUUAAAAUUUGCAAAAACCAACAAUCUUCCUAAUGAUCUGUUUGUGAACGCUAAAUUGAGUGCUAAAAUUUCAAGACAAUUGGAAGAACCACUUAUCGUUGCCGGUGGUGUUUUACCCGAUUGGAGUCUUUAUUUGACCAAAAACUAUCCAUUCUUAUUCCCCUUUGAGACCAGAAUGUUCUUUUUACAAUGUACAUCCUUUGGAUAUGGAAGAUUAAUUCAGAUAUGGAGAAACCGUAUGGGUAAUAUCAAGGAGACCAACGCAGAUGAUCCUUUGCAACAGUUGGGUAGAGUCACCAGACACAAGUUACGCAUUUCAAGAAGUACAAUGUUUUUGAGUGGGCUGAAGAUUUUGAACAAGUACGGAUCUAGUCCAAGCGUCCUUGAGAUUGAGUAUCAGGAUGAAGUUGGUACAGGUUUAGGCCCCACCUUAGAGUUCUAUGCGUCUAUGUCAAGGGAAUUCUCAAAAAAAUCCUUGGGUAUGUGGAGAUACGAUACUCUUGGAUCAACUACAACGCAGGAAUCUGAUUACGUAAACGCUUUAUUGUUUCCAGCACCUUUAACAUCGUCGCAAGAUGAGCCUAAGGUUUUAGAACUGUUCCAUCAUCUGGGUACGUUUGUCGCUAGAUCCAUGUUGGACAAUCGUAUCCUAGACCUAAACUUCAACAAGGUUUUCUUUGAACUAACACAUCGUAUCAGCGAUAGAGCAUCCGUCAAGGCAAGGGACACUCGGGACAUGUUGCAUUUGCUGUCACUGGUGGACCCCCAACUGGAAAGAUCCCUCAAGACACUUUACAAUGAGACAGAUUUAGAGAGUUUAACAUUAACGUUCACAUUACCAGGAUACGACGUAGAACUAGUGGAGAAUGGUAAGUCUAUUCUAGUCAAUUCCGCAAACCUCUCAGAUUACGUGGAACGUGUUUUGGACUAUGUACUAGGCGCAGGAAUCGAACGUCAACUAAACAGUUUUAUCGAAGGCUUCUCCAAGGUUUUCCCCUACACAUCUCUACUACUACUUACUCCUGAAGAGAUUGUUCAUAUGUGUGGACGUAUCCAGGAAGACUGGUCGUCAGAGACACUGUACGGAUCACUAGUCGCUGACCACGGUUAUACCAUGGAUUCUUCCACAAUCCAUGACCUAAUUUACGUGAUGUCUACAUUCAAUGAUCAAGAGAGACGUCUUUUCCUACAAUUCCUCACGGGUUCACCAAAACUACCUAUCGGUGGCUUUAAGGCGCUACGUCCGAGACUUACGGUAGUGCUGAAGCACCCUGAUGAAGGUAUGAAUCCCGAUGCAUACUUGCCCAGUGUAAUGACCUGCGCAAACUAUUUCAAAUUGCCCAAAUACACCAGUCAACAGACAAUGCGUUCUCGUAUUACACAGGCGAUGCAAGAAGGUUCCGGAGCAUUCCUGCUGUCCUGA